AUGCCAGCAGAUCGGCCUCGUAUCAUCCUCGAGAAAUCCAGCACCGUGCGACGCCGAUACCAGCGCAGCAACAAACGGUUCAAAUUCACCGCCGAGGAACUGAAGCGCAUCGAACGCGAGGAGGAAAAGGAGAAGCGAGCGAAAGAGCUCCGUGAAAAGGACAAGAAGCGCAUUGCAAACAAAAAGAAGAAAGCUGAGGCUGAUGCGAAGGCCCGUGAAGAGGCUAGACGACAAGGCUUACCUGACCCUAACGCGGGCAAGAUCCCGGCCAGCCAGCCCCUGCUCUCAAAGUUCCUGUUCUCUGCGAAGAAGCCUUCUCCAUCUGAGGAGCCGGAACCAGACUCAGCCAAAGAAUCAACACCUGAACCUUCGCCUCUUCUUUCGCCUGAAACCCCACACGAACCUACGCCCGAACCCUCAUCCGAGCCUCCACUCGAGCCUCCAAACGAGCAUGCACCUGACCCUUUAAUUACUGGGCCUGUAAUUGCUGAGCCUGAACCCGGUAAUGAAAAUGGAGUCACAGAGCUUGAUAGUCAAUUUGGGGAUACCGAACCGGACUCAGAUUGCUUCGAUGACCUGGGAGAAGAACCCGAGCCAGAAUUACCUGUUCUUGAGAGUGCAGCUACCUCAAGGGAUCCCGACUUCCAGGAUCCAGGCCUGGACGUGAGCAAAGACACAUUGGACACGGACGAAUUUUCCGACUGCUCGGCAUUUUAUGACGAGGAUAUCCUGAAUGAAGCCGAAGCGGCUGCAACUACACAAGCAAGUCAUCGCGAAACACAGUCUCCUCCCCUCAACCCUGCAUUAUUGCAAACGCCCCCAAGUAACCACUCGAAGAACACUGCAAACUCUAUCGCGUCGCUAGGAAGUUCCUUCCGCGACGACACCGCGGAUUACCUGGAAGAUGUCUUCACACGGGGGUGUGGGGACUCGUUUGGCGAACUUAUGCAAUUGGGCUCAAAGCCUCGAUAG